GCGCACAGAGCCCAUGCUGCGGGGCCGACGCUCGCGCGCUUCGCCGACAAUAUGGACUUCAACGUGAAGAAGCUGGCCUCGGAUGCGGGGGUGUUCUUCACCCGGGCCGUGCAGUUCACCGAAGAAAAGUUGGGCCAGGCAGAGAAGACUGAGCUGGAUGCCCACUUGGAGAACCUGCUCGCUCGAGCUGACUGCACCAAAAACUGGACCGAAAAGAUCUACCGGCAGACUGAGAUCCUUCUUCAACCCAACCCAAUUGACCACACUGGUGCCCGUAUUGAGGAGUUUUUCUAUGAGAAGCUUGACAAGAAGAUCCCAUCCAGGAUUACCAAUGGGGAGCUUCUGGGACAGUACAUGCAGGAUGCGGCCAAUGACUUUGGCGCGGCAACCCCAUAUGGAAGCACGCUGAUGAAGGUGGGCGAGUACCAGAGGAAGCUGGGCGAGACUGAACGGGAGUUCAUGCAGACAUCAGCUAUCAGCUUCCUCACCCCACUGCGCAACUUCUUGGAAGGCGACUGGCGGACUAUCUCGAGAGAGAGACGUCUUCUUGAGAACCGCCGACUGGACCUGGAUGUCUGUAAAGCGCGUCUGAAGAAGGCCAAGGUGGCAGAGGCCAAGGCCUCGGCUAUGCCUGAUUUUCAGGAGACUAGGCCACGCAAUUACGUUCUGUCGGCCAGUGCAUCUGCGCUGUGGAGUGAGGAGGUGAGCAAAGCAGAGCACGAGCUGCGGGUGGCACAGACAGAAUUUGACCGACAGGCAGAAGUGACACGCUUGCUCCUGGAGGGAAUCAGCAGCACCCACGUGAACCACCUGCGCUGCUUGCAUGAAUUUGUGGAGGCCCAAGCCACCUACUAUGCUCAGUGCCACCGGCUCAUGCAGGAGCUGCAAAGGGAGCUUGCCAGUUUGAGUGGAGACACGUUCCCAAACACCUUUACUGUGACUCCCAGCAUUUCGGCUGGCCCAUCUGGUGUCGCUCAAUCUGCCAUGCCAGCAGCCCCGCACUCUAAGGCCAUGGAGGCAGAUGGAUUGAAGAUCGAAGAGGUGCAAGCCCCUGCCGCUGGCACGCGUAAAGCCAAAGUGCUGUAUGACUACGAUGCUGCUGAUGCCACUGAGCUUUCCCUUAUGGCGGAUGAGCUCAUCACAGUGUACACUGUGCCAGGCAUGGACCCAGACUGGCUGAUUGGAGAGAGGGGCAAUCAAAAAGGGAAGGUCCCUGUCACAUACCUGGAGUUGUUGAGCUAAGGGUAUCAGGGAGACGACAGCUUGUAGAAAGACAGAUUAUGGACUACGCUGGCUACACUCAACACAUGAUAUAGUCAAGCAUUUACAUACUGAAAAACACUUGCUGUGUAUACCUCCUAAAAAAUUUCAGACCUGCACCACCACAGAACAGAGCUGAACUAUAAUGAAGAAACAGUAAUAAUAAUAGGAAAAAUGAAGAACAUGCACAAAAUUAUGUGUAUCUUCAGGCUUCAGUUUAGCAUUAAAUUAAAUGUAAUGUUCCUUUGUUGGGGAAACCCUGAAGGUGAGAUGGUCACAAGUCUGUCCUUCUUUUGACUGAAAUCCCAGUGCAGAUUCAUAAAUCUUUAGUCUGCUUCCUUUAUUGGCCAAUAGGUUGACUGUGAAGGGUGGGAGAGGCACUGGAAAAAGAAGCAGGUUUUCCUCAGGAUGGGUGUGUGUGUGUGUAGAAUCACACUAAUGGAACAAACCUUUAGAUGCUCUUUUUCCUGAGGAAAUGGUGGUCAAUCAGAUGCAGAUGUGACCUUUCUUGCUGUGUUUGUAGUGUAGCAAUGAAUAAGGGGAACAUUGGGCACGUUUUUUGAGCUCAGGUCUUCCAGGGUCUGAUGGAGUGUAUGAUGGAGUGUGUGCAUAUUUAUAUUUAAAAACUUAAUGCCAUCUCUGUGUGACCAUUAACAUCUGCAAUGGUCUCCCUCUUGUUUGUGCAUCAAAAGAAUGUCUCUUAAAUGCAAGUGAAAGCUUAGCCAGAGAGAAUGUCAGACAUUUGAUGUUGUAAUAUUUUUCCCUUUAAAACUGUAUAUCAAGGUCAGUUAAACUAAGCUGUAUUAAGUGGCCAGUACAGUGUUUGGUCUCUGUUGUAAUUUGUCUGUCUUGCAAUCAUAGGUGUGUGUGUUUUUGUUUUUUUUUUUUUUUUGUUC